AUGGUCAAAAUCGCAUCCCUCGCAACCGCCCUCGUCCUCACCUUCUCGGCCGCCGCCGCCCACGGGCCUCACCAGCUCGAGAGGCGUGCCGCCGUUGCAACUUGCAGCACCGCCUACAAGGCCGUCGCUGCCGGCGCAUGGCCCGCUCUCGACUGCACUCCUUUUGUCCAGGACCCCCAGGUCGUGACCUGGCUCAAGUUGGUCGACAUGACCAAGGUCCCUGUCUUCGCUCAGUCCAAGGACGGUGUCUGCCCCACUGACUUAACCACCAUCCCUGCUGACCAGUGCUGGUGGACUUGCCAGAAGUGCGAGGCCCCUACUGAUAUCACUUCUUGCCCCAAGGUCGGAACCUGGGGUUUGACUUACGAUGACGGCCCAUCGCCCGACUCCCCUCGCUUGUAUGACAACCUCCUUGCCCACAAGCAAAAGGCCACCCUCUUUAUCGUCGGAUCCCGCGCAAUCUCCUUCCCCGAGACCCUCAAGCGCGCCUACACCGAAGGCCACCACAUCGCCAUCCACACCUGGUCCCACUCCACCAUGACCUCCCUCUCCAACGAGCAGAUCGUCGCUGAAUUGAAGUGGACCGAGAAGGCCAUCCAGUCCGUCAUCGGCGUCACCCCCAUCUACUGGCGCCCCCCUUACGGAGACGUCGACAACCGUGUCCGUGCCAUCGCCACCCAGCUCGGUUACAAGACCUCCAUCUGGACCCAGGACUUUGACACCAACGACUGGAACAUCCCUGCAAAGACUGCCACUGCCCAGUCCGUCGUCGAUACCUUCAAGACCUGGUUGGUCAAGAUCCCUACCAUGAAGACUGGUUUCAUCGUCCUCGAGCACGAUCUCUUCCCUGAGGAGGUCAACGUUUCUAUCAGCGGUAUCUUGCCCAUUGCCUAUGCCACCAAGAACUUGAUCAUGCAGCCCAUUCCCCAGUGCUUGGGUGAUGCCAAGCCCUACCUUGAGGGUGCUGGAUCUUUCAAGCUCAUCGGCGAUGCCGCCGCCAACUCCACCACCGGUGGCUCUGGAUCUACUUCGGGUAACAACACCACCGUUGGUGGCGGAUCGACUGCCAAGAGCUCUGCCGUCGCCGUCUCUGGAUCCGUUGCCUUGACUUCCGUCGUUGGUAUCGCCGCCAUUGCCGCUGCUUUGUUUUAA